AAUUAAUAUGUUGAGGUGUAACUAACCAUGGUAAAGCUGUGUGAAAUAUUCUGCAUUUUAAAUAGGUUUUUUUCCUACAUCUGUCACUGAAGAUUUUUAUGGGCUGGACAGAGGAGCACGCUUUUCCUGUGUCGAAAUGCUAAUGUGGGAUUGUUGUGAGCCCUCUGCAGGAUUAUUGCGAUUUGACACCAGCCUGGAUUGCAUGGCGCCGACUGACUGCACUCGCUGACUUUCUGCAGCCUUUAAUUUGAUGGGAUCCUGCGUGGAAUCAACAAGGACUCCGCGGUUCGUGGGGAAUAGCGUGGCGCUAAUGAAAGGCUGAAUUCACCAUGGAUCUCUUGUCUACCUUCUAUCUGCCAAAACUAUCUGGUCACUGUCAACUCUUUGGGCUUUUCCUUCUCAACGUGUAUAUAUCUUCUGCGCAAUUUGCCCCAGAAUGCUACCCAGGAGGAUAUCAGGUUCUGUGGAACCCUUACCGCAGUGUUCAUUUUGAUUCUAUUGAGCUUCAGCAAUUUGCAAUCCAAAACCUCAUAUGUGAUCAUUCCUUGACGCCUGGAUGGUAUCGCUUCAUGAUUGGGGACAGGCCAGCCGAAAUGCCAACAAAAUGUAUAGAAAUGAAUAAGUGUGGCACACAAGCUCCCAUUUGGCUUUCUCUUGAAGAUUCUAACUCAUUGCCUCAACGUGGUGAGAUGAAGAAAUUAACUGCCUGUGCUACAUGGCAGUUCUUCUCAGGCAGCACCAAAGACUGUUGUUUAUUUCGCAUCCCCGUCUCUCUGAGGAACUGUGGAGACUUCUUUGUUUAUUAUCUUCAACCUACUCAGGGAUGCAUGGGUUACUGUGCCGUUGAAGCCAUUACAGAAACAAAAUCAACACCCUGUGCUCCAGGAGGAGUGGUAAUAGAUGGAACUUGUCGAGCCAGGCUUCCCGAUCUGCCUAACAAACCACUGAUUACCCCUGAGUUAGUUGGCACCAGCAUCCAUCUAAAGUGCACUUAUGUGAGCCUUGCCAUAAAUGGCAGCAUGGGAUAUGUGGUGGUGUGGUCCCGGAUUUCCCCACUUCACAUGAAGCAAGAAGUAAAGAGGGACACAACCCGACAGAUGUUCUCAUUUGUGGAUAUGGAUGGCACUUCUUUGAAGCUGGGGGACACGGUUUACUGCAGUGUAUCAACCUUCUUGCAGGACUCUCCAGGUAUACGCAGCCUGCCCAAGAAUAGUGAGCCAUUUUUUGCUGGUAUUAAGUUCGAGCCAGAAUCUUUGCACAUUGCAGAAGAUGGAAAGGAGCAUUCUCUGUCUAUCCAAAGUACUGUCCCGAUCUCUUGCCUGGAAGACACUCAGCAUCUAAAUAAUUGUAAAUUAACCUUGCAGCUAACUAUCAAUGAUUCAGACAGUCAGAGUUCCGCACCUCUAAAUGUAGCACUGUCAUCAUGCCAGGUGGAUUUAGUGCUGAUGCCUUGUGUGGCUGGGAGCUGUGCUAGAAGUACUUUGUCUGUUAUAGCUGUGACAGACUUUGCCCGAGAUGGAAAUCGAGUCAGCAAUAUCAGGAUUGAGCCUAUUAAAUCAAACAAUUUCUUGUGGCAUGGUUAUAUCCCAAAUAUCAUGAAGGUAACUGUGAAAGAUAUCCCGACAGGUCACUGCUAUUCCUUCACUGAUCCACAUAUUAUUACAUUUGAUGGAAGAGGUUAUGACAACCAGAAAACAGGCACUUUUGUGAUGUAUAAAAGCCUUUUGCGAGAAUUUGAGGUUCACGUCCGGCAGUGGGACUGUGGCAGUCGGUAUUAUGCUGUGUCCUGUAACUGUGGAGUCGUUGCCAGGGAAGGCGAUGAUAUCAUUGCAUUUGAUAUGUGCAAUGGGCAGUUUCAGGAGACUCGGCCUCGUUUAUCAGUCAAAAGCAGUGGAACAGAACCUCAUCACGUCAAAAUAAUGGAUGCACACCAGGGGAAGAAAAUCACUAUCAUGUUUCCAUCGGGGGCAUUUAUCCGUGCAGAUGUAAGCGACUGGGGAAUGAGCAUAACAGUGCGGGCACCCAGCGUUGAUUUUAACAACACUAGAGGUCUCUGUGGGAUAUUUGAUCGAAAUAGUAAUAAUGACUUCCAUAGUGCAGAUGGGAAUCCAAUGACAGCUGCCCAAUGGAAUAAUGACCCCAAUGAUUUCAUCGAGGAAUGGAGAAUACAUUCAGGGGAAAGUUUGUUUGACAAGAUACCGAGCCCCUCUGUGAGAAAGAAAAGAAGAAAUUACUGCAAGUGCCAGAAAGAAUAUACAAUGUCCCUUCAUUCAGUGAACAAGUUGGCCUCUGGAUAUGGCCAUUCUCAUCCAUCGUCUCGUUGCUACGCAUAUGAAAAUGUGGAUUAUACGUCAUUAAUUCCUUUCUUGGAUGUUACUGCAGAAUACAUAAACAAUCCCGAACUAUCGUUGUUCAGAAAACGUGACAUAAUCCAGUCUUCUCAAAGGUCAACUGGACAUACGGCCUUGCUGAAAUAUAUUCAAUCACAUGGCCCCAAAGAAAUCACCACAAAAGUCAAGUCACUUACUGGUCGGUCAGUGGGAUAUUCCAGAUGGCCACACAUAAUUGAUUUUACUGAACCAGGGGUUACGCUGGAUAGAAUGAAAAGGCAGGCUUUCUACGAGUAUUUACCAACAUUCACAUUCCAGAGCCUAAGCCAGAGCGAUUUAGAAAGCCUUACUUACUUUUUCCCAGAAGACCAUUUGUCUAGCAAUCGACCUAACGUGCAGCCAAAAUGGCCAACUCCAAGUGGACUGACAUCAGCCAAAGCUCUAGAGGUAUGCCAACACGCCCUAAGAAACUCCACUAUUGGUGUAGCGUGUCAAGACCUUCUGGGAAGAAGACUUAUUGAGGCUGUGAAUCUGUGUAUUUCAGACCUGCAGCUUAAGGACGAUCUUGCUUGGGAGGAAGGGAUGCGGGCUUUCCUUGACAAUGAAUGUGAAAGAAAACUUUUGGAAAAUAGGGUUAAAUGGUCCCACGGAACAAAUGGUCCACGUGUUAAAGAGAUUAUUACAGCUCUCCGUUGUCCUAACUCAUGUAGUAACAGUGGACAUUGUACAACGUGGGGUUGCCAAUGCUUUGCCAAAUACAGCUCCUAUGACUGCAGCAUUUCCAAUGCUCGGCCUCCUGAGAUUACUGAUUUGGAGAAUAAUGGCCUCUGUGAUAUUCGAAUCUACGAAUGCAAUAGUAUCCGAGUAUUUGGCCUGGGCUUCAGGGACUCUCCGCAUCUCCGGUGUGAAGUUAUCAGCUUGGCGUGUAUAAAUAAUGAAUGGGUACCAGGAGCUAAGCAUACAACAAAAGCAGAGUUCCUUAGCACCAAAGCAGUUGAUUGCCCAAUUCCAGCCUUAACAACUACGGAAACUGAGACUGUGGACUUCAUGUUUUCAGACAAACCAUUUGCCAGGUGGCAAGUAAAGAUUACAAAUGAUGGAUCCUUGUUCAGUGAUUCGAAGGUUUUGACACUUUAUGAUGGAGUUUGCCAGAUCUGUGAUAACAUUCCGACUGGACUUUGUAAGUUGAAGGAAAAAACGUGCAAUAUAGGUGGACUGUGUUAUGGGGAAGGAGACCUAAAUCCAACAAGCCUUUGUUUGCUGUGCAACCCAAACAUAUCCAAGUUCACCUGGUCUAUUAAUGAAAACAAUCAACCACCAAUUUAUCAAGAGUCUACCACCAAGCUCCAGACAUUUUUCGGUGAAAAUUUUGUGUACCAGUUCACAGCAGUGGAUCCAGAAGGGUCAGCUGUACUAUUCUCACUGGAGUCUGCACCAGAGAAUGCCAGUCUGUUACCUGCUGGACUUCUGAUCUGGAAAGUGAAUUCCCAAAAUUCAGGCAGAUUUGACUUUACCGUGUCUGAUGAGUGUAAUGCACAAAGCACAUAUUCUGUUCAGGUUGCAGUGAAAUCGUGUGGCUGCAUAAAUGGCGGAACAUGUGGCACAGAUAUCAAUUUCCCCCCAGGAAGUGGUGAAUACCACUGUGUGUGUCCUGUCGGUUUUGAAGGGGAGUUUUGUCAAGAAAAUGUAGAUGACUGCAAAUCAAAUCCAUGCGGUGUGGGCACCUGCAUAGAUAAUAUCAACAGCUACUCCUGUAGAUGUCCAGCUGGUCUUACAGGACUUACAUGUCAAGAAGAUGUUAAUGAAUGUAAGAAAGCACUGUGUUUUCCCGGCGUCCCUUGUUUCAAUAGCUUUGGAUCAUAUAAAUGUGGAAACUGCCCAGGCAAGAUGAAGAGUGAUGGCCGAUCUUGCAAAGGCUUAACCAACAGUCUACGGCGCAUAAUUACUUGUGCAAAUAAACCCUGCUUCCCAGGAGUUCAAUGUUUUGAUCGGAAGCCACCUUAUGUUGGUUUUGCAUGUGGCCGCUGUCCUGCUGGAUUAUUUGGCACGGGGCGGACAUGCAUGAAGAUUCCACGGUUUGUCACCCCACAUGUUGCAUCCAAAUUUCAGCAUCAUUGGGCCGCUACCACAAGACCAAGCGACCUGCCAGCGGGUAGCCAGAAAACUACUCUUGGACAUGUUCCUGUGUCUGGCAGACCCACAAUGGAGAAAGUAGUUACAAUAGCCAAAGCACCUCCAAUUCUCAAGACAGAUAGGCCCUAUGCUGCUUUGAGCUUAUCUCCUUCCAUUUCAUCCAUCUCAUAUGGCACUGGCACUCCUGCCAUGAGUUCUCGGACUAUAUCUCAGCUGACUGCCCAUCCCAAAGCUCCACAAAAAAACACCACUUUUUGGCGACCUGUCACCUCAUCACUGCGGGCUGUAACAGCAUCUCAAGCUCUUUCCAUUACUCACAUUGGUAACGAGUUGAUUCCUACUGAAAGAAAGGUCACCUGUGCUGACAUGCCUUGCUUUAAUGGAGUCCCAUGUGAGCCAACACAGUUUGGAAGCUUUAAAUGUGGACAGUGCCCUUUUGGAUACACUGGUGAUGGAGUAACAUGUAAAGCUAUAUGCAGGUAUCCCUGUGGAAAGAAUAUGGAAUGUGCAGCUCCCAACACAUGUCGCUGUAAGCCUGGCUACACUGGGUAUAAUUGUCAUAUAGCAAUCUGUCGACCUGACUGCAAAAACAGAGGAAAGUGUAUUAAACCAGAUAAGUGUGAGUGCCCCCCAGGAUACAAUGGCCUGACCUGUGAAGACGCCUUCUGCAUUCCAGCUUGUGAGCAUGGUGGGUCAUGUAUUACCAGAAAUACCUGCUCCUGCCUGUAUGGAUUUGUGGGACCAAGAUGUGAAACAUUGGUUUGCAAUAGACAUUGUCAAAAUGGUGGAAGAUGCACUUCACCAGAUGUGUGCAAGUGUAAAGCUGGGUGGACAGGACCCUCAUGUGAAACAGCUGUUUGCUCCCCCAUGUGCCUCAAUGGUGGCAUCUGUGUUCGGCAGAAUGUGUGUAUCUGUCCUCAUGGUUUCUAUGGACUGCAGUGUCAGAAUGCCGUUUGCAAUCCCCCCUGUAAGAAUGGCGGCCAGUGUAUGAGAAACAAUUUAUGCUCCUGUCCUGAAGGCUAUACAGGACGAAGGUGUCAACAGAGUGUCUGUGAGCCAUUGUGUAUGAACAGAGGGAAGUGUGUGAGUCCGGGUAGUUGUGACUGUCCAUCAGCGUGGAAAGGGAAAAGAUGUAACCAACCGAUCUGUCUACAGAAAUGCCAGAAUGGUGGAGAAUGCAUGGGACCAAGUACCUGUCACUGUCGGGCAGGCUGGGAAGGAAUGUUGUGUCAGAUCCCUAUCUGUGAGCAGAAAUGUUUGUUUGGAAGUAAAUGCAUCAGGCCGAAUGUGUGUGCCUGCAGGAGAGGAUACAUAGGAUUAGGCUGUGCAAGAAAGCUUCCAGUAGGACGUGGAUGAUAAGGUGAAAGUGUUACAACCGGUUUUUCUGACCUGUGAGCAGUUAUCACAGUGGAUCACGCAAUCACAGAGCUGCGUGGUGAAAUGAUGUGAGGAAUGCGUCACGGCCCGUAUAUUUUCACAUCAAUACAUCUUAAAGAAGUGAUUUUAACCUUCCCCGAAAAAUUAUAUUGCCAUAUAACUGAAAUGUUAAUUGCAGGAAACAAAGAUGUUGCUGUAAGUUAUUGCAUAAUUUAUAUAUAAUCAAUUAAAUAUAUUUUGAAGUCAUUUUACAGGAUGGUAGACUGUACCUUUUUGGUCACAGUGUUCCCCUGUAGUUUGACUACCUCAUGGGCAUGAAAGCUUGUUUUCUCAUGGGACCUACGCUCUCUGCUAAGACAGUUAAAGUUCACACUGCAGUGUUUGCAAGCUGAAUCUCACAGCAUAUACAGUUGACUACAGUUAUGUAUUGCAACAUCACGCUAUUCUCUGCUUUUAUUUCAAUGGUGCUAAUAUUUUGGAACCCCUUGCUGAUGUUUACUCCAAUUGGGAAAAAAAUAAUAUUGUGGUGAAAGUCCAUGUUUUGUCAUUCUCAUUGCGUGUAUUGCUAACGUAAAAUUUAGAGAUUGUUAAUUCUCAUCGCACAACUCUAUAAUUUGGCCACAAUUGACAAUUAGAGAUAGAAAGAUGAUUAAUAGGGCAAAUUGGAAUGUCUGAAUUAAUAAAGAGUGAUGAAUAUAAGAUUAACCUAUUGUUGCACAGUUUUGCAUCUUCGCCAUGUCUCCGUUUGUCCAGGAAUGCGCAGUUCUGAAAUAAUUGCUACAGUGCAAAAUGUUCCUCUCCCUACUACUGACGUUCCUCAGUUUAAUGUGAGCAAAAAAAUGUUCAUGAAAACUAAGUCCCUGUACUCGCUGAUUGCAGUUGAUUCUUUGAAGAAAGCAAUUGUAUAUGGCAAGUGAGGAUAAAUAAAUUUUCAUUGGAGCCUUGGAAUCCUUUUGAGAUGCAAGUAAGAUUAAAUAUUUGCGUCAGAUUAAAAUCAAUUUCUAACAAAUGUAAACACAAUAAUGCAUAUAAUAUAAAUCACAAUAUAAAUCAAAACAUCUUUUUUUGAAUUAUUCCUCUUAAAAUAUCAUAACCCUUUUAUAGCCGUAUAUUUGAUAGAAAAGGAGCAAGAAAAAUACUGCAGUUGGAACAAUUAAGUACAUUUUUUGAAGAGCCAACACAGGCAUAAUAAACAACAAUAAACACUGCGAUUGUAAUAUUCAAUCAAUUGGUAAUCUCAAGCCAAAUUUUAUGCGCAGUUUCAUACAAGGCCUAGUUAUUUCUAGUCUGAAUUAAAGGAACAUAUAACUUACAUUGGGUCUCAUAAUAGCAAUGCAGGUCAUAGAGAGACAUCAGAGUGGAUGUAGGAUGAUGUUAAUUCUCCAUCCCUCUCAGAACUGCCUGUCUGUGGCCUGUAUUUUUAUAAGAAGUCCUAAUGUAAGCUUGAAGAACAGCAGCACAUCUACCACUGCGCUUUGUUGGAGCAUUCUAGACUCAGUCAAAUUCAACAAUUACAAAUACCUUUUCAUAUCAGAUCAGCCCUGUUCAAUUGUGGGUUAUCCAUCUCUAAAACAUAUGUAGACACAAAAUGCUGGAGUAACUCAGCGGGACAGGCGGCAUCUCUGGAAAGAAGGAAUGGGCGACGUUUCGUGUCGAGACCCUUCUUCAGACUUAUACUUACCUGUUCUUUCUGCACCUGCAUUGACUUGAUAUACAGGCCAUUUCCUACAGCUCUGGCCUUCAUUUCACAGGUUUUACAAUCAACCAGAUUGUUUCAUGAACAAUUUAUUACCCCAGCACACAUGGCGAUCAAAAAUAUUUCCUGAAUCUUCAUCCUCUCUGUAAUUAAUACGGACUUGGCCUGCUCCUUCUCUAGACCUACUUGCCUGUGUGGAUUUAUUAUCUGCCAGGCUUUGUCCUGUUCUACCUCUCUUCCAGCUUUCUUUGGACCCCCCCCCCCCCCCACCCAAAUUACAAUCAGUCUUAAGAAGAGUCCCAACCUGAAAGUCAGCGGGAACGGCAGCCUGUGUUUUCCUGAGAUGUUGCCUACUCCAGCACACUGUCUUCUUUUGUAAACCAGCAUUGCAAUUCCUUGUUUCUUAUUUGCUUUCUUUAUUUCCUAAUUGCAAACAAGGGUCUUUGAUCUAGAACGUUAACUCUUUCCACAGAUGCUGCUUGACCCGCUGAAUGUUUCCGACAUUUUCAGUUUUUAUUUCAGAUUUCUAACAACUGCAAUCUUUUGAUUUUCAUUCAACUGCACAAAGUCUAAUUUUAAAUUUAGCCUUUCACUUUUGUUUCUGACAAAAAAAACAUUUGUUUCCAUUAAUUUAUGCAAAUGUGAAGUAUGGGUGCUUACAAAUCUGUCACUAGCCACAAGUCUGAGACACUGAAUAAAAGGAAUAUUGGCAACUCCUUAUAAAGUAACAUGACAUAAAGUGUAAUAUUAAAAACAAAUCUGAAUAAUGUAGAGCAACAGCAUUGCUAUGCUGAGUUUUCCCCCAAUAAAAAAAAAAUGCUAUUUUUUAAAAUUUACAUUGAAACUGUCUACAUAGUUUGUUACACUAGGAGAAUUGGAAACAAGCUCUAAUUGUAUCCUAGUGUUCAGCUUACAUUUAAUCAGAGCAGAAAAUUGCACAAUGUUAUAAAUUUAAUGGUCAAUCCAUCAAUAUUCAGCAGCAACUGUGGAGACUAAAACAAUGCAUGGACAUUUCUUUUCCAUAUUUUCCACUUUUAUAACAAACUAACUUAUUGGUUUAAUGAAAAUAUUCAUUAUGAAAAUGUUUUGUACAAUUUGCUGAUGUACAGUAUAUAAAACAAGAAAUUGAAUAUAUCCAUAUCAUAAUGUUUAAACCCAAAUUUGUAAUAUUUCUAGUUAAGUUGUGAAAAAUAAUAUUGAGUUGUGAUGUAUAUAGACAGUGCUCAAAUGGAUUUACCAUACAUAUAAUUAUAUAAAAGGUUCAU